AUGGCUUUGAAAAACAACAUUAUCAGCUCAAUAUUGCCUUCAACGUGGCUUCUGGAGCUGAAGGGCGCAUUCGGCUGGCUGAUAUCAUAUUCGAAUGAGCUGUCUGCAAGGGUCACACAGGAUGAGAUUUCAGCUCGGCUAGUGUCCGCCAUACCCUGCGCCUUAUACGAGGGCUGCUCGCAAGCUUGGGCUAUUCCCCAUCAGCCUGACGAUUUCCAACACCCAACAAUCGAUACUGGCAAAAUGUCUUCUUCGACGAUAUAUCUCAUUCGUCACGGUGAAAAACCACCUAAGCUUCCCAACGGCGAAGACCCAGACGGUCUAUCUACCCUCGGUCUUGAUCGUGCUCAGGCACUUGUCAAGGUAUUCUCCGCAGAGAGUAAAUACAACAUUAGUUUCAUCAUCGCACAGCAUCCCAAGGAUGAUGGUGGUCAAGACAGACCGUACCUUACUGUUCGCCCACUCGCCGAGUCACUCAAACCAGAUGUUAACUUCAACCACAAAAUUCACCGCGACGAUGCAGACAAAGUAGCCCAAGCAGCAUUAGGAUAUAAAGGAGCAGGCAACAUCUUGAUAUGCUGGGAGCAUCACCAUCUCAAGGAUAUAGCAAGCGCAAUUGGCGUCUCAGAUGCGCCAAAUUACCCUGAUGAUCGGUACGAUGUCAUUUGGACGAUUGAGCCUCCCUACGACAAAAUCUCAAGUGUGACAUCGGAGCACUGUCCGGGUCUAGAUGAUCAGUUUGCACCCGAACCAUGA